CUGGUGCAACUAGUUCUUGAUCAUACAGCCAUGACGCUUAAACUCAAGCGGACGAGCCAUUCCCCUUCUCCAUUUUCAUGGGAUACUCUCAGCCCACCACGCGCGGGCUCUCCAAAUGCGCCUGAAGUUACCGGUCUACCUCCUCCACCAACAUCAUGGCUCUCUGCCCGCGACAUGAAAAUAUUUGGUGCCCAACCACUACGGGCUGACAUCGGCGUUGUGCGUUGUGCAGACUGCGAGAAGCCCAUAUUGCGUAGCGCCAUUUCCGAACACAUCAGCAACUGUAGUGACAUCCGUUCAGGGAAGAAAUGGGUAAAGGGCAAAACGGCAGAUAGCGAAGUUGAGCCGAAGAAAGGCAAGAAGCGGACUGCAGACGGCGAGGACGGGGAUGACGCCGGCGAGCCGUCUAAGAAGAAGACAAAGAUCACAAAGGGGCGUACUAAAGGCCCCGUGGACUAUGACAAGCAGUGUGGAGUGAUCAAUGAUAAAGGCCUCCCGUGUUCGCGCUCGCUCACGUGCAAAGCUCAUUCUAUGGGUGCGAAGCGCGCUGUUCAGGGUCGCUCGAAGGCAUAUGACGAGCUUUUGCUCGAGUGGAACCGUGCAAAUAACCCUAACUGGGUAGAACCGGUGAAGAAGGAGACAAAAGCAGAGAAGAAGGAGAAGCGCGAGAAAGAGAAGGCGGAGAAGAAGCGGCUGGCACAGGAGGCUGCACAAGCCGCUGGACUGGAAGGGAAGGGUGUGCCGAAGAAACCUGGUAGGAAGGCGAAUACGUCCGGCACUGCUGCCACACAACUGGACGUCGAUGAGGCUGCUGAAAACUUGGAUGAUCUUGACUCAGAAGCAGAGGUCGACUCGCUGGUGAAGGCCGUGCAGGGUGCGCAGGCGCGUGGGAUCAUUGGAGUGCCAUUGGCUGUCCCAUCAUCAGAGAGUUCGUGGUUUGUCUUGCGGAGGGAGCGCCUGCGAAAUUGCCGAGAUCUGCUUGUGAAUGCGCUUGCUCCGCCCAGCGGACGUAGUAGCAUCGCAGCGACUGUGUCUAGCAUGACGCUUGGGUAGAUGUGGCAUCACCUCUCGUCGUCGCCCAUUUAUAUCAUCUACAGCAUAUUAUUCACGGGUUACCAGCUGGGACAUUUAACUGUACCAAUUAUUUGGUUUAUUUCUCGAGCUAUCAUUAUUGUCAUUCUUAGCAUACGUGUAGCAGUAGUCACUAGAUCCUCACGAAGUUCAUGAAAUAAUUCUUGCCAAGUUU